AUGGACCUCGUCGACCCGGCCACCGGCCGCGCUCUGCCCAGCGACGCCAUCCAGCGCGUCCUCUUCGUCGCCAACGCCGUCCACGUAUACAACAUCCCCCCGCUCACCUCCAUGCGCGGUCACAGCGCGACCGCCUGGACCGCCGACCCCUCGCGCCACAUCUUCACCGCGCGCCUGCGCGUCAUCGAGACCUCCACCUCUGAACCACUGGCUUCUUCCCUCACCCCCUCUUCUUCUUCUUCUUCCACCGCUACUGGUGCUUCUGGCGCGGCACCAGCAUCGUCGUCGUCAUCGUCGUCAGCGUCAGCGUCAUCAUCGCAUCUCAAGGUCGACCUCGUCCUCGAAGACACAUCCUCGCCCUCCACGCCGCAGCUCUUCGCCGCCGCGCCGUACACCCACCCCUCGGCCGUCGAGCCCGUCGUCGACAGCAGCCGCUUCUUCGCCGUCACCGUGCGCGACGACCAGGGCCGCAAGGCCGUCCUCGGCAUCGGCUUCGAGGACCGCUCCGACGCGUUCGAUCUCGCCAUCGCGCUCCAGGAGGCGAGGCGCGGGCUUGGCCUCGACUCCGACUCCUCCUCUGGCGGCGCGCAAAAGGGCGGCCAGCGCGGUGGCACUGCGGAUCCGGACAAGGAGCCUGUCAAGGACUACAGCCUCAAGGAGGGCGAGACAAUCACCGUCAACCUCGGCUCCAAGUUCGGGAGAAGGCGGCCCCAGCAGCAUGAGCAGCAGCAGGCCGAGUCGGCAUCCCUCCAGUCCUUUGCGCUGGCUCCUCCUCCGUCGAUAUCAACAACAUCAUCAUCAUCGGCACAUCCGGCCGAUGCGGCCGGCGGCGGCUUUGCGCUGCCCCCUCCUCCGACAGCUGAAGACGUCAAGCGGAAGAGGAGGUCGCUGCGCGACCUUGGCUUCGACGAUGGUCAGUUUGGCGAGUUUGCAUAG